CUUAAAAACUUAAGACUCAAAUCCAAAUUAAGCUUUACGAAUUAAUUUUAUAGCUUGAAUUAGCAUUUAGCACAACAGCAUUUUAAUCGUUGCAUCUUGUUUGAAUAGCUAACAAAGCAAAAGAAACCUUAUGAUGCUGGACUGGAAUAAAAUUUUAAUUUAAGUGACCAAUAAAGGUUUGCUGCCUAGGAACUUUCACAAUUAAGUAUUGAUUGACGCGAUAAAUCAUAUUAUAUUGAUUUAUUUAGCAAUAUAUUCAUAUAAAGUUAAUAUUAUUAUAAAGAAAGUAGUUAUUUAUACAAGUAGGACAGCAAGCUACUAAUUAAUAAUCGAAAGUAAUUACCUAUGUAUUUGAAAGUCUAGAAAGCAGCGAAUUAUCGAAAAACUACUGUAGUGAAGUUAGCAACUUGUGAGUGAAUAUACAGAGUUGCGAUCGCGUUAUCACUGACAAGUAUUGAUAUAAAUCGUGCGCGUUUAAUAAAAUGUUUUGUCCAAUCAUUGCUCAAAUAUAAAUUUCACAAAGAGUGCAGUGUCCAUUUGUAAAAGUGCUGAAUAACAAUAUUACAAUGAAAGUUACCAUUACCACUGUGAAUGAUGAGAUUUUCGUCAUCGAUGUCGCUGAAGAUUUGGAAUUGGAGAAUUUUAAAGCGUUAUGUGAAAUUGAAUCUGGCAUUCAAGCGAAAGAUAUUAUAAUAACUCACAAUGGAAAACCGUUGAUAGGUGAUAAAAAAUCUUUAAAAGAUCACGGAGUUAAUGAUGGAGAUGUUAUCAUUUUACUUCCUUUAUCUCGAUCCCCUUCUAACAUGACGGUAAAUGAUAACCAAGGUCUGGGAAAUCUUGACUUUAGCAACAUACAAGUACCUCUUGGCGCCGCGAGUACUUCAAUGGGUACCGGCAGCGUUCCCGCGGAAGAAGACCCUCGACUUAUCAGGGAGAUGUUCCUCGCAAACCCUGAUCAAUUAGCGCUCCUCAAACAAAACAAUCCACGUCUCGCAGAUGCGUUACUUAGUGGAAAUCUAGAGACAUUUACUUCAAUUCUACAAGAACAAAUAAAAGCAAGAUCACAGCGUCAACAGCAACGGAUAAGAAUGAUGAAUGCAGAUCCAUUUGACACAGAGGCUCAAAGAAUGAUAGCAGAGGAGAUACGCCAGAAGAAUAUAGAAGCUAACAUGGAAGCAGCUAUGGAAUAUAACCCUGAGAUCUUUGGUACAGUUGUAAUGCUGUACAUCAAUUGCCAUGUUAACGGGUUUCCAGUAAAAGCAUUUAUUGAUUCAGGUGCCCAGACUACUAUUAUGUCUGCAGCUUGUGCGGAGAGAUGUAACAUAAUGAGACUGGUUGAUACAAGAUGGGCGGGCAUUGCUAAGGGUGUUGGUGUACAAAAAAUUAUUGGAAGGAUCCAUAUGGUGCAAAUGAGGAUCGAGAAAGAUUUUCUAACAUCAUCCUUCUCUGUGCUGGAACAACAACCGAUGGACAUGCUUCUCGGUUUAGAUAUGUUAAAAAGACAUCAGUGUAUAAUAGAUUUGAAACGGAAUGUUUUACACAUUGGUACAACUGGGACAGAGACACCAUUUUUACCUGAAUCAGAGUUACCGGAUUGUGCUAGAUUAUCAAGCAAUUCUGAUGAUGAAAUGGUUAAUCAGUCAUUGCAAGAAAGUAAAAAAGAAAAUGCAAGCCAUAAUGUAAAUCAAGCUAUAGGGACGAGUAAUCAAUCUAAUCAGGUUUCUGGUCCUCUAAAUUCUAGCGGGCAACCUAACUUAAGGAUUCUUGGAGAUCCAAGUUUGACAGUCUUACCAACAGAUCCUUUCAGUGAAACUGAAGUCGAGGAGAUCAUUGGUCUUGGGUUCACAAGAGAACAGGCUAUUAUUGAACUAAGGAGAUUUAAUGGGGAUAAAACACAAGCUACAGUCGCUCUGUUUGCUAAAUCACUUAAAUUCUAAGAUAUGUAUGGACUUGUAUGUAACACUUAAUGUAUGUGGAAUUGGUGGAUGGUUUAUGUAUGUAAUUUAUGUUUUUAAAACAUUUUAACAUGAUUCCGAGAACAUAUCAGGAUUUCUGAAAAGAUUUUAAGUCAAACAUUAAUCAGAUAUUGAUAUAAUACAAUUAAUUAAAAAAAUUAGGGCAUUUUUAUAAAAUAUUAGUAAUGUACAGUAGAACCUUGAUAACUCAGACCUCGGUAACUUAAAAAUCUCUAUAACUUCAAAAAAUAAUAUGUUCCCUUCCCAUCAGAGCCCAAAAUCUCUACAACAUAGACCCUUGAUAACUUAAAAUAUUUUGUGCUUUCCUUGGACUUUAACUUAUUGAGGUUCUACCAUACAUGAAAGUAAGAAAUAAUCAUCAUUAAAUAGAUUCUUAUUGGAACUAGAUAUUAGGGUUGUAAACAUACCUUUCAUUACUACAAGCGCUUGUCAGUAGAACUAAUAUGGCUUUUUUAAACCUACUUCCCACAAGGAGGUUAUCAAUUUUAUCAAGUUUUUUUCUUAGUAUUCAGCUAGUAAUAUAAUAUGGUAUAAUACCUUUAAUGGAACUGAAUCGUUACAGUUUAAUUUACUAUUAAAUUGUAAAACUAUUUAUAAGUAACUAGUAAUAUCUAAGUAUUGUAUCUGUUUAUUAAAAAUCUUGGAUAAUCCUGAAAAUAAAUAUAUGACUGAAUAAAGA